UUUUUAAUGUGUGCUUCGGCAGCCGGUGUGCAUUGCUUUUAAGCAUGGUACAGUCAGUAAUCGUGGCAGUUAAAAUACUGAACUACACAUUGAUCAAACGUUUUGGCGGUUUUUGAACAGUUUUUGGGCUGUUCUGGCAACACUGAAACUCAGACACAGAGAGCGUAUUCGCUCUAGAUAAGGAGUGGCAGUUUCCACCUAGCUCACUCAGACUCCAGGACUGGCUCAGAAAACUUUUUAAGCCAUGCCUCUGCAGGUAAAGGCAGAAUCUGUGCUCGACAGCAGAGAUUACACACGGGUGGACGUGGCAUCAAGUCUUAACAGAAGUGAAGACAUGGAGGAGAUGACAAAGAGGAAGACUGGAUAUGGGAUGAGCAGGGAGGAAAUAGACGUACUAUCCAGUAUAAAGGAGGAGGAAGAGGAAGGCGAGGAGAGACAGAGUAAGGAGAUGAAGAGGGAGGAUGGUGUGAGCGAAGAAGAGGACAAGGAACUGUGGAGUGAGAAGGGAAAAGAGAGGGAUGAACAGGGGGAGAGAGAUCAUACUGAUCACACCACCCAACCUGAAAGAGAGCUGAAGAAUGAGGGAAAUCAAGACUGCGGUUAUUGGGAAGAGAAAGCCCUGCCACCUCGGGUCACUUCCUGUUUGCUCACUGACAGGUCGCCUCCUUGUCCCGUGGACAUUAACGGGUACCAGGGAGUGAGAUAUCUAUGUAGGCAGGAUGAAGUCUCACCAAUGGUCCCAGAGAGGUCACGGAGGCUGAAAGGACAGGCUGGGACAUGUAAGAGGGAGAUGAUGGACAGCGCCAUGACAGAUGCAUCAGAGAAGGACAUCUGUGCUGAACCCUUCCAGGGAUCUUCCCUCAUCUGCUCCCGGAAAGGAGACACAGGGGAGACUGGUGAGGUAUCAUCGCAUGUCUUUGCCUGCUCCCAAUGCCCUUUCGUUCACACAGAAAAAAUGAACCUUCACCAGCACAUUGAGAAGGUACACCCAGAGGAGUACAGCAGGAUUCUGGGAUCUGCAGGAAAUGGAGCAGAGAACCCACUGCCUCCCAGCAGCACCCCUCCGCAUCCCACACCCCCUAAGACACUCCCCGCCCCGACACAGUCCCACACAGCCACCCAGUGCUCCCAGUGUGGGAAGUGUUUUACUCUUCAAUCUGAGCUGACCUUACAUCUGCAGACUCACACAGUGGACCAUACGUAUCACCGCUCCCAGUGUGGGAAGAGUUUGAGAUGUUUAUCACAACUGAAAAGACACAAACGAACUCGCACAGGGGAACGUCCACUCCACUGCUCCCAGUGUGGGAAGAGCUUCAGGUAUGCCUCAUUACUCUCAAGACACCAGCGUGCUCACACGGGGGAGCGCCCAUUCAAGUGCUCACAGUGUGGAAAGAGCUUCAGUCAGUAUAACACUCUAACGCAACACCAGCGAAUCCACACAGGAAAUCCAUUCCACUGCUCUGACUGUGGAAAGAGUUUCAGAUCUCCAUCAGAACUGAAAAUUCACAAGCGAACUCACACAGGUGAGCGUCCAUACCACUGCUCUCAGUGUGAAAAAAAAUUCAUAUCAGCAUCACAGCUGACAGCACACCAGCGAACCCACACAGGGGAACGCCCAUACCACUGCUCCCAGUGUGGAAAGAGUUUCAGGUCUGUGUCGCACCUGACAACACACCAGCGAAUUCAUUCAGGGGAGCGCCCAUUCCACUGCUCCCAGUGUGGGAUGAGCUUCAGGUGUGCCUCAUUACUCUCAAGACAUCAGCGCACUCACACAGGGGAGCGCCCAUUCAAGUGCUCACAGUGUGGAAAGAGCUUCAGUCAGUCUAAUACUCUAACACAACACCAGCGAAUCCACACAGGAAAUCCAUUCCACUGCUCUGACUGUGGAAAGAGCUUCAGAUCUCCAUCAGACCUGAAAAUUCACAAGCGAACUCACACAGGUGAGCGCCCAUACCACUGCUCUCAGUGUGAAAAAACAUUCAUAUCAGCAUCACAGCUGACAGCACACCAGCGAACCCACACAGGGGAACGCCCAUACCACUGCUCCCAGUGUGGAAAGAGUUUCAGAUCCGCAUCACACCUGACAUUACAUCAGCGAUGUCAUACAGAGGAACGUCCGUAUGACUGCUCCCAGUGUGGGAAGAGUUUCAGAUCUGCAUCAAAUCUGACAACACACCAGCGAAUUCAUACAGGGGAGCGCCCAUACCACUGCUCGCAGUGUGGGAAGAGUUUCAGGUCUGCAUCGAAUCUAACAACACACCAGCGAAUUCAUACAGGGGAGCGCCCAUACCACUGCUCCCAGUGUGGAAAAAAUUUCAUAUCUGCAUCACACCUGACGACACACCAGCGAACUCACACAAGGGAGCGGCAAUUUCACUGUUCCACAUGUGGAAAGAGCUUCAAAUCAACAUCACAACUGACAGCACACCAGCAAACUCAUACAGGAGAGCUCCCAUUCCACUGCUCCCAGUGUGGAAAGAGCUUCGCACAGUCGGGUACUCUGACACAACAUGAGUUAACUCAUGCAGGGAAGCAUCAUGCGCGUAGACGCAACGGCUUUCUGCUCCUCUUACCGGUGCCUUUUGCUAUUAAUAUAAGAACAUAAGAACAUAUGAUGAGAACAGGUCAUUCGGCCCAACUAA